AAGAUUCGGUAUCGUCAAAGAAAAUAAAACGUGAAGUUGACUGUGAACGUCGACCCGCCAAGCCAAGACAUCAACCGACGAAGAAAAAGGAACGCGUGAACUAUAGAGGGGAAUGGGAUGGCGCGUAACUGGAUUGUCAAAAAGUAGAACGUCAGACUUGGAGGAGGGGAAAAAUUGUCAGACCACUUCUUUGCUAGCUCUGGGGCAUGUGGCAUUUUGCCUUUGAUAACAAAUAUUGUCCUGAACAGUUCCCCCGAAAAACUACCGUUAGAAGUUACAUUGAGGUAAACAGUAGUGGCCGAUUUGGAAAAUUUCCAGUUCUUAUCACUUUAGUGUGUUUAUUAUAUAUGAGGAUUAACAAAGGCUUCAAAUAUCUUCUAUGGAUUUAAAGUCACUAGGAUGGAAGUUUCUCAACAAGGAAACUUUUGGAUACGGCGAAAGGGCUAAUUAUGUCAAUAGUCCACAUGUGAUUGCAAUGGUGGGAUUACCAGCUAGAGGAAAAACCUACAUUGCCAAAAAGUUAUCACGAUAUCUCAAUUGGAUUGGGAUCAAUACAAAAGUGUUCAAUUUAGGCGAAUAUCGUCGUCAUGCGACAACGGCAUAUAAGAGCCAUGAAUUCUUUAGGCAGGACAAUGAAGAGGCCAUGGCUAUUAGAACAAAUUGUGCCAUUAAAGCUCUGGAAGACGUCUGUAAGUGGCUGAAUUCUGGCGGUGAAGUUGCGGUAUUUGAUGCAACAAAUUCAACAAAAGAACGCCGAAAGAUGAUAAGGAGCAUUGUGGUAGACAAAAUGGGUUACAAGCUAUUUUUUGUCGAAUCAAUAUGUGACGAUCCGAGAAUCAUUGAGCAGAAUAUCAUGGAGGUGAAAAUCAGCAGCCCAGACUAUAAAAAUAUGAAUACAGAGGCUGCACUCAAAGACUUUCUUCUUAGAAUUGAACAUUACCAAGAGAAAUAUCAACCACUUGAUGAAGUGGAAGAAAACGUUCUAUCUUACAUGAAGAUAUUCAAUACAGGUGAACGAAUCGUCGUCAAUCGACACGAAGGCCACAUCCAGUCACGCAUUGUCUACUAUCUAAUGAACAUUCACAUUACACCGAGGACCAUCUAUUUUACCAGGCACGGAGAAAGCGAUCAUAAUAUUAGGGGAUUGAUUGGUGGAGAUUCUGACCUGAGUCAACGUGGUGUACAAUAUGCCAAAGUUCUCGCAAAUUACAUCAAGGACCAACAUAUUGACGGUCUUCGUGUGUGGACAUCGUGGCUCAAAAGGACCAUCCAGACUGUGGCAGAUGUUCCAGCGCCUCAAGAAAGAUGGAAGGCCCUCAAUGAAAUUGAUGCUGGCAUUUGUGAGGAAAUGAGCUACGCGGAAAUUAGCAAAAAAUAUCCAGACGAAUUUAAAGCACGCGAUCAAAAUAAGUAUGUGUAUAGAUACCCAAGGGGUGAAAGCUAUGAGGAUCUCGUAGCUCGGUUGGAGCCAGUUAUUAUGGAAUUGGAGCGACAGGGUAACGUCUUGGUAGUUUCACACCAAGCUGUCCUUCGGUGUCUUCUAGCAUAUUUCUUGGACAAGACUUCAGAUGAACUUCCUUACUUACAAGUGCCUCUACACACCGUCAUCAAAUUAACUCCAGUCGCUUAUGGAUGUAAGGUAGAGCACAUUAAGUUGCCUAUUGAAGCCGUAGACACCCAUCGGCCCAAACCUGAAGAUGUAAAUUGAGGAGGAUGAUGACAGAGUUGAACUCUCACAUUCUUUUUUGUUAGCACUGUGUUUUUUUUUGGAAUUUGUGCUGUUUCUUUCAAUUUUUAUUCUUUUUGCGAAAGCAAAAAAACUUAAAUUUCACUAAGUUGAAUUAAAAAUCAGAAGACGAGAAAUUGAUAA